CGGUAUGAACUUUAAUUUCAGGAAAGAAGAACCAAUUUAUCUCUUGCUAAAAUCGAAUAAAUCCAACUACAUGUACAUCAGUAGUCAGAAAUCUCUUUUCAAAUCAAAUCAGCCUGCACAUAAAGAUUCCCAUUCAUCACUUUUCUCAGUACAAACACGUUGAGAGGCAGAUGUCCUCUCUAGCUAUAUCAAUGCUUGACCUUUCAUUUCUACAGAUGAAAACCCAUUUUAUCUCAGAUUGAAACCAACCCCUGUUUCCUCCAUAUCCAAAACCCUCCCGGUUCAUCAACUUCCUCAGCAAACCAUGUUUCCCUUCAAGAAUUUCAGUCUUAAAGACAUACCAACAACUCCGGCCGCCUUGUUCUCAGCCUACGCCUCCUUCACCGCAUUUGUGCAGUUGGUUCGAGCCAUGGUCGAGCAAAUCCUUCCCAAGCCGCUCCGGUUAUACAUUUUCAACAAACUCAAGGACUACUUCUUCCCUUCUCGGAGCUCCGAAGACAUGACUCUAGUGAUCAACCUAUACUCUGCCUCUCGGAUGACUGAAAACCAAGUCUAUGACGCCGCCGAGGUCUAUCUUGCAACCAAGGUCAAACCCUCCGACAAGCUCCUCCUAGUGAGCAAAACCCAUGACCAGAAGACCAUCAGUUUCGCCAAUGCGAAAGCUGCCACCAUCAUCGACACAUUUGAGGACAUUGAGCUCAAGUGGAGCCAUAUCUGCCCGGUUAAGAGAUCAGAUGCUGUUCAAAAUGACAAUGAGCCACAAAAACAGUGCUUUACGUUGAGGUUUGGCGCCAAACACAAAGAAAAAGUGAUGGAGUGUUACUUGCCGUAUGUGCUUGCUAAAGCCAAGGACAUUAAGCAAGAGGAGAAGUUGUUGAAGAUUUUCAGCUGCGGCGGCAAUAGCUCUCGUUCGAUAGGCCUUGAGCACCCUGCAACUUUUGAGACAAUGGCGAUGGAUCCGGAGCAGAAGAAAAUGGUUAUGGAUGAUUUGGAUCGGUUUGUGAGGAGGAGGGACUUUUACAAGAGGGUUGGCAAGGCUUGGAAGAGAGGGUAUUUGUUGUACGGUCCUCCUGGAACAGGCAAAUCAAGCUUGAUUGCAGCCAUGGCUAAUCAUCUCAAGUUUGACAUAUAUGAUUUGGAGCUUUCUAGUAUUUCUAGGAACUCGGACUUGAGGAGUGUGCUUCUAUCUACUUCAAAUCGUUCUAUUCUGGUAAUUGAGGACAUUGAUUGCAGUGUGGAAGCCGAAAAUCGGGUGGCAGCUGAGAAGUUUAUGGGGAGUAGAUACAAUAGACCAUCACAAAUGAAGUUUACACUCUCAGGUCUACUUAAUGUCAUUGAUGGUCUGUGGUCAUGUGUUGGAGAUGAGAGGAUCAUCAUCUUCACCACUAACCACAAGGAUCGGCUAGACCCGGCAUUGUUGCGGCCUGGACGAAUGGAUGUGCACAUUCACAUGUCCUAUUGUACUCCAAGCGGGUUCAGGAUCUUGGCCUCUAACUACCUUGGCAUUCAUGAGAGCAACCCUCAUCGGCUCUGUGGAGAAAUUGAAGGGUUGAUAGAGAGCACAGAGGUCACCCCCGCACAGGUUGCUGAGGAGCUUAUGCAGAGUGAUGAUGCUGAUGUUGCUCUUGAAGGGCUUGUCAAUUUUCUCAAAUGCAAGAUAGAGGUUGAUAGCAAAAAAACAAAGGAUGAAGGGACUAAUAAAGCAGAGAGUUUCGAAGAAGAGUUGGAACAACUUGAUAAAGUUCACACUCUCGGGCCUACUGAACUUCAUAGAUGGUCUGUGGUCAUGCUCCGGCGAUGAGAGAAUAAUUAUCUUCACCACCAACCACAAGGACAAAUUAGACCCUGCACUGUUGCGUCCAGGUCGAAUGGACGUGCACAUUCACUUGUCAUAUUGCACUCCAAAUGGAUUCAGAACCUUAGCAUCUAAUUACCUUGG